UUGAGGAUUAUAUGUCAAAAGGGGGAAGAGGUGGAUGAGAAUUAAAUGAUGAAUGGGAGGAGUUCUUUAUUCUAACUCCAUUAAAAGCAAUCCCUGCACCUGGACAAGCACAGAGCAGAUUCACUAGCAGGAAGUCAGCAUGGCAGAUAAGUCCAAAUUUAUUGAGUACAUUGAUGAUGCUUUAGAAAAAUCAAAAGAAACUGCACUUUCUCGCUUAUUCUUCACCUAUCAGGGGAUUCCUUACCCAGUUACCAUGUGUACCUCAGAAACUUUCCAAGCGAUGGACACUUUUGAAGCCAGGAGCGAUGACAUUGUGCUAGCAUCUUACCCAAAGUGUGGUUCAAAUUGGAUUCUUCACAUUGUCAGUGAAUUAAUAUUUGCUGUUUCUAAAAAAAAAUAUGAAUGUCCAGAAUUCCCAGUUCUUGAAUGUGGGGACUCAGAAAAAUAUCAGAGAAUGAAACAGUUUCCGUCACCAAGGAUUUUGACAACUCACCUCCAUUAUGACAAAUUACCUGGAUCCAUCCUGGAACAUAAAGUCAAGAUAUUGGUGAUAUUCCGCAACCCUAAAGAUACAGCGGUAUCUUUUUUCCAUUUCCACAAUGAUGUCCCUGAUAUUCCAAGCUAUGCCUCUUGGGAUGAAUUCUUCAGACAGUUCAUGAAAGGACAAGUUUCUUGGGGAAGCUAUUUUGAUUUUGGAAUCAAUUGGAACAAACACCUGGACAAUGAAAAUGUUAAGUUCAUACUAUAUGAAGACCUGAAAGAGAAUCUGACUGCUGGAAUAAAACAAAUUGCUGAGUUCUUAGGAUUCUCUGUAACUGGGGAACAGAUUCAAACCAUCUCAGCCCAGAGUACCUUCCAAGCGAUGAGAGAAAAAUCUCAGGAGACGCAUGGUGCUGUUGGCCCAUUCCUGUUCCGCAAAGGUGAAGUUGGUGAUUGGAAAAACUUGUUCAGUGAAACUCAGAACCAGGAAAUGGAUGAAAAAUUCCAAGAGCUCUUAACAGGCACUCCCCUGGGAGUAAAGCUGAAGUAUGAAUCAUAUUGCCAGGCUUGAUUCUGGCCAAGUCAGCAGGCCUGAAUGUUUUCUUUUCCUUAAUCAUAAUUGAAUUUAGAUAAUUAUGAAAAAUUCAAAUAAUUAAAUAAUGAUAACAUUUAAAUCCGAAUAAUAUAAAUUCAAUAAUAAUGAUAAUAUCCGAAGUCUUUGAGCGCAAAUUUAAGUUUGUUCACCUUUUGAAGAAAAGGUCCACUUAUCUGUCCCAAAAGGACACUAUUAUUAAUGUGUUAUACUGGUUUCUUUUGCGGGGAGGGGGUAUACGGGGAUUGAACUCAGGGGUACUCUCCCACUGAGCUACAUCCCCAGGAGAUGGGGUCUCACUGAAUUGCUUAGUGCCUUGCUUUUGCUGAGACUGACUUUGAACCUGCGACCCUCCUGUAUGAGCCUCCCGAGCUGCUGUGAUUACAGGUGUGUGCCACCGCACCAGGCUACAUUGGGAUUUUAACUUCUCUUGUGCUCUGAAUUCACAAAAGGGCAUUAGUAGAUACUAUCAGAAACGUGCCUAGAUCUGUGUUUGAGCAUAGAGGAAGAGCUCUUCAUGCGAUGCACCAUUUUUUGUACUUUCCUUGUAAUUACUCUUACUUUUUCCCACUAUGGAUCA